CUCCGGUAGAAGAGGAGGGGCUACCUGCCUAGUAGCUCCGCCCACGACGAGGCGCUAAGCGGACAGAGGACGGGGCGGUGGCGUAACUGUUUCGUCUUGCUUCACGAUGGGCGCUUUGCAGCAGCGCUUCGAGGCGUUCUUGGAGAAGCCCGGCUUGCUGGGUGACCUCCUGGGCACCCUAGAAACAAAGACCGGCGUCAGGCGCUAUUACCUGGCCACAGGUACCAUUGCUUUCCUCGGACUCUACCUGAUGUUUGGCUACGGGGCAUCUCUGCUUUGCAAUCUUAUUGGCUUUGCCUAUCCGGCUUACGUCUCCAUCCAGGCCAUUGAGAGCUCCAACAAAGAGGAUGACACGAUAUGGCUGACAUACUGGGUGGUCUAUGGCAUCUUCAGCAUUGCAGAGUUCUUCUCUGACACCUUCCUGUACUGGUUUCCAUUCUACUAUGCUGGCAAGUGUCUCUUCCUGCUGUGGUGCAUGGCUCCGGUCUCGUGGAACGGCUCGCAGGUGCUCUACCACAGCCUCAUCCGGCCCUGGUUCCUGAAGCACCACCGGGCCGUGGACAGCGUCCUCAGCGACCUCAGCAGCCGAGCUGCCCAGGCGGCCUCCACUGCUUCCAGGGAAGUGCUUCAGUCUCUGGCGGAAAGGCAUGCUCGUCUGGAGCCGGAGGCUGCCUUCCAUCAGAACCUCCACUCUCUCUAUCCAAAGAAGCCGUGAAGCGAACCCUAGAAACAGAAGGCUAAGUGACUUUUUAAUGCUUGCAAGAUACCCAAAUUCUGGAUUUUCCAUCAAAAGCUGGAAGCUUUGGAAAGACUUACUUGCACAUCUCUGAGAGAACACACCGCUCCUUCUGGCACCUGACUCUCCCCGAAUGCUGCAAAUGCUGCCCAAAAUGUCUCCCAAAAGCACCAGAUUCUUACUUUUAAAAACUAACGCUGUGAUUUUUUCACUUUUUUCUUUUCUCCUCCACCCAAAGGAGCUGACAUGCUGGCUGGCCAUUUCCUGAUGACCACCUGUUUCUGAGCUCCAUGGGGCAAGGUUCCGGGUGGGGGGGUGGGAUUGAAGGGUGCUGCUGCUUUGGCCUCUUGGGUCUUGCAGGAAGAGCAACAAGCCUGAAGAUGGCAGCACUGAUGCAGUUGGUGUUGCUCCCUUUGGGUAGCCAAAAGGAGUCUUCUCUGAGAGUCAUUCAUUGACUGAGCAGCAGUUCAUUGAUCCUGUUCACACCCUCGCAGUAUUUCUGGAGCAAUUUAUAAGUGUAAAGCAGUGAGAGAAGCUUCCAGGGUGUAUGUACAAAGUUACCCAAAGCCACCUUCAGACAAGGAAGGAGGAGGCUCUGGUUUCUUCUAGAAGGCUUGAGUUGAAUAUUGCAAAAGGCAGAUUAGGUGAAAGAGGUGGCCAUAGAACUGGGGUAAAUGUGGCUGUAAAACUGAGGCAAACGGAUCUUCCACUGAUCUAUCUCUUCUUCUCCAUCUUCCUGUGACCAAAGCUGCUUCUGUGGGAGCAAGAUGGGAAGAGCCAACUCCUCCCUCUGCAAGUCCUCUGCCCAACGCAGCCCUGAUGGUGAUCCUGGGCUGUCUGCUGUGGGGAUCCUUGAACACACUGCACUUUCCCAGUUGGGCCCAAACACUCUGGUGCUUCUAGUAGGGUCGAGAGUAGGUUGCCAUUGGUCUCCAAUAUGAUCAUCACCUCUGUGGGAAGCUAAAGGUUUGGGAGAAACUGUCCCAUAUCUUUCUCAUAUUUGUCAUCCUGGCCAUUCUGCUUUGGGCUGCAACCACCUCCUUUUCUGAGAAACCUAGCAGAUGUCUUAGCAGCGAUGAAAUGCAGUUCAAUAGAGACCAGGUUAGAACUUCCUGUAUCUUGAUCCAUGCUAGAAGGAUGGAGUGGAUCUGUAACUCUCUGUUUCAAAUGUUUCGUGGCAUAGAAUUGACCUUGAAGGGCCAACUUUGCAAGUAAGGUAAUGCUAAAUUGGCUGAUGGAUCAGGGUCUGCUUUCUACUUUGAGACACAGAUGUACUGUCCUUUGAAAUUGCCUCGAUCUGAGAAUACAGAAGGAAACUUAAGAUGAAAUGUUUUUUCCUACCAUUGUUUUUUCCUACACCUGCUGGUCUUGGAAAGGAAGACCCUAAAUUACAGCAAACCUUUGACAUAUCUCUGAGAUCUAAUGUAUACAGACGAAAGGAUGGUCAUGGUUUUCCUCCCAACAACUUUGUGUGCAAACAAUCUGAAGCUUCAUGGAAUUUGCAGUUCCUAAGAGUGGAGGUUGGUGGGUAGGCACAAUUGAUCCCUUUUUUUUAUUUGCUUUCCUCCAGCUGCUUGUAUGUUUUCAGACAGCUGUGCAGCUUAGUCUUUAAAAAGCAAUGGAAGAACUGGCAGCAUCUCAUGUCUUAAGUGCACUAGCUGGGCAUAUGAAGAAGCUUUGAAACGAGUAUUCCAAACAGCAAUACUGAAGUUGGCUUUAAUGGAUUCCUUGAGACAUCUCUUCCAGCUGCAGCUUCCAUUCUGGGGGGAGAGGGUGGCCCUAAUGGGCCACUCUGAUUGCAUGACUGUUUGCUACCUUGAACUUACUUUGAGCAGGAGCAAUGAUGAGAUGUGCAUUAAAAAAACAAAAAACACCCAAAACAUUCACAGCUUGUAAACUCCCUGAAAGCAAAUCUCAAAACUGAAUGUUGAAGGCUCUGGUUCUUCUGGGCAACUUUCUGUUCUUGAUCUUAAUGAUGAUGAAUUUAAGAUUUUGUCCACGGCAGUUGUGGCUGCCUAUUUAAGUAAAGAAGAGAUUGCUUACGCA